UCAGGGCUGGCGGAGGGCAAUGUUAUGAGGGUGGAGCCGAAAUAAGAGAAGAACCGGGCAGCCAAUGCCAUGGACGGGAGGCUGGCCCUAAUCCGUGACACGCCGCUGGCUGGCUUGUCUCGCUCGAAAUCUGAGGCGGAUGGCUGCGCCGGGACUCUGAGGCGCCACGGACGCCAAUGAAUCCGGCCAAACUGAGCGUCCUGUUUUGCGCGGCCGUUAGCAUUCUCGUCUGCGUGUGCAUUUAUCUGGUGACCAAGACCAAAACGCCGGUGGCUCGGGGCUGGAGCUUCGAUUGCGCCCAGUGCGGCGACUAUCCGGACGAGCUGUGCUCGGCGCUUUUCGAUGGCAAGUCAGUCGCCGCUGUACUAGGAGCGCAGUGCGAACAAGUACACCGGCAGCGGCCCGGACUCGCAGCCGGCCUGCCCGUUAACUGCUCCCGGCUGCUAGUUGACUACUCCUACAUCACUAAACCCCUGUCUCAAGAGGAGGCGGAUUUCCCCUUGGCCUAUAUUUUGGUGGUGCACAAGAACCUGGAGACCUUGGAAUGGCUCUUCCGAGCCAUCUAUAUGCCCCAGAACGUCUACUGCAUUCAUGUCGACCAGAAGACGCCGGUCGAGUUCAGACAAGCGGUGGAGGGGCUGGCUGCCUGCUUCGAUAACGUGUUCCUGGCGUCCAGGGCUGAGAACGUGGUGUACGGCGGGUUCUCGCGUCUCCAGGCCGACCUCAAUUGUAUGCAAGACCUGGUCUCCUCCAGCGUCCCGUGGAAGUACGCGCUGAACUUGUGCGGCCAGGAUUUCCCGCUAAAGAGCAACCGGGAGCUGGUGCAGCACCUGAAGCAGCGUUGGAAGGAUAAGAACAUCACCCCGGGCAUCCCGCAGCCCGAUCACAUCAAACAGAGGACCACGCAUGUCCAUCGCGAGGUCAUCUCCCAGUCCGAGUCGUACAUGGUGAAGACAUCGAGGACAAAAACUGGGAGCGUGCCCCACGGGCUGAAACUGUACUUUGGUUCGGCUUAUUACGCUGUCACCAGGGAGUUUGUGAACUUCGUACUGAAGGAUGAGCGGGCUAAGGAUUUGCUACAGUGGUCGAGGGAUACCUACAGCCCCGACGAGCAUUACUGGGUCACUUUAAAUCGCAUCUCAGAUGCACCAGGUGCAGAUCCCAAUGCUGAAUGGGAAGGCAGCAUACGAUCGAUUAAAUGGCUGGACCAGGCUAAAGUAGCUCACAAGGGCUGUAAAGGUCACUAUGUUCGUGGCAUCUGUGUGUAUGGGUUGGGAGACCUGGAGUGGCUGGUUCAAAGUGAAGGCUUAUUUGCAAACAAAUUUGAAGCUGACAACCACCCCCUGGUGGCACAGUGUAUGGAGCGGUGGUUAAGACGAAAAACAUUAUCUCGGUCUGAAGUACCUAUUCAACAAGAAUGGCAUAUUCAAAACAACAAGUGUUUCUUUGACAUUGAAGGCAACAACUGCAGUACCACUUCAAUGUGAUCUGGAGAUCCUUGACAAUCUAACAAUUAAAAUAGCGUUCAUUUAUCUUAAAAUAUGUAACUACCUAUCCAUCAGUUAAGUAGUUUCUCAUCUACAUUUACAUUUCCUUUACCGAAUGUAUGUAAUCACUUGGUCUUUGUAUUUUAUUGGAAGUUUUAUAUUUAUCCCCAAUUUUUUUUCAGUUGCUUUGCUGAAAUAAGGAAUAGCUGCCCAGCUGACCCACGUGCUGCUAUGUAAUCGCUUACUUUAAAAACAUGUUGAGGAGAAGCAACCUGCAGUUUUCGCUCUUUUCCUCUCUAAGUUAUGAGAUUCUUCAUGUUUAUCAUAAUGAAAGUUGUGAAUUUGUGUAAAUAGGUAACUUGACAUAUUUUAUUAGUAGAAAUCAGGGCUUUUUUUUUAAAUGAAAUUCUACUAGUUACUGAGACUAAAGGAUCUGAUUUUAAGCCUCUUCCAAAUGUUUAUGAAUGUGCUGACUGUUAAGUGUUUGUAGGGAUUGAGAAAAUCAGAGCUAAUAUUGAUUAAAAGUAAACAUUACGGGUAAAGAGUGCAUACAUUAACAUAUCUUAAAUAGCACCAUUUAACAUUGGUAACGCGAGGCUGUUCACAGAAGAAUAAUUGAAAAUAGGUAUUGAGCCAGGGAUGAGUAAAUUACAUAACGUAGGUUUAGUCAGAAAUGGGUUUUCAGAUUGGUCUCAAACAUCGAGCAAAAAGGUGGAGAUUUAAAUCUGGUGCAAAUGUAGAUAGUUGAAGCCCUAAACCAUCAGUGAGGCAAAGGAAGUGUGAGAGGCAGAGUAAGGUAGAGCAGGAGGGACAUAGAUUUAUGUAAAUGAAUUGGGACUGCAUGAGAGGAUAUUUCUGAGAUUUAGAAGUGGGGGAAGCUAAGAAUGGAUUUUAAAUCAAGAGGCGGACUGGAAGUUAGUGUAGAUUACAAAGGACCAAAGAAACGAGUGAGCAGAAUGUAAUGCAGGAUCAGAUUGAGACAGUAAAGUUUUUGGAUAUUUCUGAAAUUUUAAAAAGUGCAAAUGUGCUGCAGAAAACAUAGAUGAAUUUUCUUGUCAAUACAGUGUUGAAAGUAAUGUUGAGUAAAUCGCAGAUUUAGAGCAGCUUGACUUAAUAAAACAUGAUGCUUUUUACUUGACAGUUACUGUAAUUAUAACGUGAAAAGCUUAACAAAAACGAGAAUGGGUAUUAUAUCCAGUUCAACAAGAAUGGAAUAUCAUUGGUGAAAAUGUGAGUGGAAUUGUAUUUACAAUUGCAGGAUUGGUGUUGAUGAGCCAUUUCUUAGAGAGUACUUGGCUGACUCCAGCAUGUAUUUGGUCCUCAACUUAGUUCCAGAGUCAGCUUGGGCCUUGACUACGAAUUUAUUCGAAGUUCACAGAUGACGCUAGGAUUGUUGGGUUGGAGCUGUUGACAAUGUGGAGAGUGGUAUCAGUGAUGCCAAUGUGAUGGAGAAAUGGGCUGAGGAAUGGCAGAUGGAGUUUAAUCCUGGUAACUGUGAGAUGAUUCAUUUUGGAAGUACUGAUGAGGCCAGGAGAUGGUUCUUGGAAGUAUUGAGGACCUUAGCGGCCACGGUGUGUGGGUCCAAAAGUCUGUGAAGGUGGCAGUGAAGAUAGAUAAUGUGGCCAAGAAGGCAUGUUCAAUACCGUCAUUCAUUAGUUUGGGCACCAAUUGCGAAAGCAGGCAGAUUAUUCUCCAACUUAAUAAAAAAACACCUUGCUCAGAUCUCAGCUGAAGUACUGCCUUCUGGUGUGUUCAUCACACUAUAGAAAAGAUGUGAUGACGCUGGAGAUUGACCAGGAUAUUGUCUGGAAUGAGGUGAGGAGAGGGCCUCUUUUGGUUACGGAUACACAGCCUGGGCAGUACGAUACAGAGAGCAAGCUGUCGCCCGUGUAGCAAGCUCCCCCUCUCCACACAACUGAUGAACCCAAAGGAACAGCAGAGACCAAUACAGUUUGGUACCAGCAGCGUUGCAGGAGUAAUGUAGGACUGCCUUAGGGAUUCCAGCUCCAGAUGUUUCCCUCAGGGUUUACUCUUGAAGUCUUCUCCAUGAGUGGGUGUAGCUGCAAGGCAGCAGAAGUUUGAGAUCAGAGUUUUCCUUCUCCUAGUUGAGCUGCCAACCAUGACUGACGAGCUCCAUCCGCCCAAAGCAAUUGGUUUUAAGGCGCCAGUAACCUGCCUUUGCCCCUUCUCCUGUCAGUAGAAGCAGUUCCUGCUGGGCUUAGUGGCUAAGCCACACGUGAAGGCCAGGAGCAGGACAUGGUUGGCUGAGGAUAUUUGAAGCACACACCAUUGGGAACAUCAGAAUCAGGUUUAUUAUCACCGGCAUGUGUUAUGAAAUUAAUCGGUAGUGAAAGCUUGUCUCCAUUACCGCCCCCCGGCUAUGACAACCGUACAGAAUCUGGAAUGGGGCAUUGUAAUUGUAAGCACUGACAGUCUUGGUAAAGGAUUUCGGCCUAAAACAUAGACUGUUUAGUCCUCUUCGUAGACUCUGCUUGGCCUUCUGAGUUCAUCCUGAACUCUGUGCGUGUGUUCCUUCCUUCCUUCCUGGAACGGAGGUUAAGAGGGGACAUGACUGAGGUGCAGUAUAAACUAUUAAAGUGGGGUAUAAAUAGAACAGGCUACCAGAAUCUUCUCCAUAUCAGAGGUGAAUAAACAGGAGGAUGUAAAUGUAGGGUAAAGUGCAAGUGAGAUCUGAGAGGAGCCUGUUUUCAUUCGGAGAAUAAUGAGCAUCUGGAAUGCACUGACAGCAAGAUUGGGGAACCAGAGUCAUUGAUAGCAUUUCAGAGGUGUUUAGAUAAGAAUUUGAAUGGUCUAGGUGUGGAGGGCUAUAGGCCAAGUGCUGGAAGAUGGAAUCAAUUCAGAAGGGUGUAAACUGGUUGGUGUUGGUAUGGACGUAGUUAGUUUAACGGACUCUUACUCUGCUGUACGACUUGGAUUCUGUUAUAAAAUGACCAGCGAAACAACUUUUGCAUCUGUGCUGCUGUUUCUAAAGUAAAUGUGGAAUUAUAGCAUAGGAAAUCAGUGAAAUGAACGAGGAACAUUUUUGUUGGGGCAAAGAAUUCCCCAGUCUGAAAGCGAGGUAUAAUAUGUACCAGAGCUAAAGGGUAUAAGGAAUAGUAUUGUUAUUUUGUGUAUUUUCCAUAUUUGGUAAUCAAAUCCAUAUUAAUUAAAUUGUAUGCUGUGCAUAUUACACUGAGAUGGAGCAAAUAUUAACAUUUAACAUACACUAUGGUAGAAUGUUCUUGACAAAAAUGAUUUAUUUGUUUCUUGUUAUAUUGUUUGGAGUCCAGAAAUUAAUAUUGCUGAUAGUUAAUUUUAUAUCUCUGUGUCUGCUACUUCUAUGCAAGUUCUAGCUCAUUUAUUUUGAGUUAAUAUUUUUGGUAAAAUCAGGGACAAGGAAGUGCUAAGUGAUCAGCUGGUAGCAUUUCCAAAAUGAAUUGGAUAAAACAAUACUAUAAAAGAGCCAAUAACUACCCCAAAGUUUAAUAUUUUUGUAAAACACCAGUAUUAAAAUAAUAUAGAUUGGAAAAUUGAAGUUUGCAGAAGAACCAGAAAAAGAAACUUUCAUUCUUUAGUUUCCAAAAGACUGAAGUUACCUGUGUUUCAUGGGGGUGCUACUCCCUUGGUUUCAAUAUUCCAAUUAUGGGCUAAAUGUACUUUCAAAAUUGGUUGGAUUGCACUUCAAUUAUUAGUCUACUACAUUCACUAUUAAACUAUAUUAUCUUGCAGUUAUUGGCAUUUUCAAAAUAGUUUUAUUUCUGUAAUAGUCCACAAAAAUCAAUUCAGAUUGCAAUAUUUACCAAGUAUGUUGUAUUAAUCUUAUAAACUGAUAUAAUUUGUUCAAGUAUUUAUGUGACUGUAAAGGAAAUUCAGAAGCCAAAUAGCAAACCUCUGUGUCAUUAAAGUGAGUAUUGCAUUUCGUAUUUUUACCUCAACCUUUUGCUUUUGCUUUGUGUUCAGCUCCCUAAAGUGUUAUUAAGAACACAAUAACUCCUUUUGGUUCCUGUUGACAUUCAGCUGGACUUUUUUUUAAAUAUAUGUAGUUUGUGGGCCGAUAUUUUAAUAGUAAAGUUGUUGAAUGGUAAUAUGCCCAGGCAGCCUGAAGUUCUUAAUAGCACCAGAAUUAUUGUGAUUCCACAUAUCUGAAGAUGUCGCACAUAAUAAAGUGAAAUGGAUAUUUUUUAAAAAGUUGCGCAAGAUAUUUAAUGUUAGAAAUAAAAGGCCUGGACUACAAAAAGGGCAAGUCUUUAUAACAUGUAGUUAGUCUGCAGCUGGAGUAUUGUUCCAAUUUGGUAUCACAGUGAGAAAGGAUGUUAAGGUCUUGGAGAGGAUGCAAAGAUUUAAAAAAAUAUGCCAUGAAGGGACUUAAGUUAAAUAAAUAUAUUAGAGGAGCUAGUGUUGCCCUUGCAGCAGAGAACGGAUAUUUCAGAAGAGUUUUGACAGUAUAGAAAUGCAAACACUGUUCUAUUGCACAAAAGAGCCUGCAACCACAGGUCGUGAGAAAUGGAUGCAGGAAUGGGCUGCAGGUUACUUUGAACAUGCUUGGCCUUUCCAUUUUACAUGUCUGGCUCUGUACUAUGCUUCUUCACUACUAUAUGAUCUCUGAUUCCAUUAUUCAUUCCAAAUAUUGAUACCAAACUCAAAAUACUCUAACUAAAUGUCCACAUCUCUGGGACAGAGCAUUCCAGGAUUUUAUUGCUGAGUGAAGAUAUUGGGUAUUUGUCAUCUCAUUCCUUGUUGGCCAGCCUCAUAUUUUGAGAUGUGACCCCUGGAUCUACACUCUCCAGCCUAGGAAAUGGCUCCUUUGUGAUCCACCACUCCAAUUCCCCUUAGAAUCUUUUCCUCACCCCCCCCCCAUUAAACUUGCCUCCUCUUUGGUUAUACCAACCUUUCAUAGUCUCUCUUCAUAGCAUUAGUUCCUCACCCCCAAUAAUCUUUCCAGUGAGUUUACCCUGUACUAUCUCAAAGCUAACUAUUUUUUUCUAGUGAUAAUGCUUUGAAAAGAACAGGAGGCAUCUUAAAAAGCCUUCUCAUAUAGUGAUAUCUGAACUGGAACAGGCUGCCAGUCUGUAACAUUCAAAGGGAAAAUUGAAUAAAUAUUUGGGAUACACGAGAGAACUAUGAGGAAAUGGCAGCAGAACUUAUUGAUUUCAUAUCUCUUUAAAAGGCAUGAGAGGGCCCCUAUGAUUUUUAUCUUGUAGCUGAAAGUAUACCCACUCUUUUGCACUCCAAAUGGUUCCAGUGAAAACUAAUGGCUGUUUCUAAUGGUCAAAGAUGCUUCAAAAUUGUUUGAAGUAAGAGUGAUUCGUGCAGUUUGCUGUAGGUAAGAAAAUUGUCUAGUGAUUCUGUGUUCACCAGGAUAUGGUUAGCUUAAACUGUGUGUAUGAUUGGAAUUAACAUCGGUGUGGGGCCAUCUUUAAUCAAAAUAGCAUACUGAAUAAGAGAGUAACUAUUGUGGUUGCGUAUUAUGAAAGCUUGCUGCCUACUGGAUAGAUGCACUUCCUUGUGCAUGUUAAUGCAUGAGACUAUGGGAACAUAAAUCUUUUAGCAUUUUGUAAUUCCACAGUUGAACUGCUUUUCAAUUGUUCACAAAUUAUCCUGGAUUUGUGCCUGGUUUUUGUGUGAACCUUGUCGAUAAAAUACUUGAUGCUAAAAUUUACAAUGGCAUUUGUGAACUUGUUGCUGUGUAAUUGGAUCCUCCAGCUAUUGAUUGUGCGAUGGUAUCUCAGUGUUGGGCCUCUCAAUUACUCAGCCCAUGUCAAUCUAACUUUGCUGCGAAAUACCAUGAACUUAAAAAGAAAUUCUUCCGUUGCUCUGCAGGCGGUCCCAUGACAUGGAGGCCACGGAGGAGCAUAAUUUCUAAUAUGCAGUCUGUACAAUGCAUUGUGCUUGUUAAUGUUGCUCAGUCACGACAGAAAUAAUCUCUGAUGUGACAAGAAAACAUUGUGUCAUAGGAGCUGAUUAUAGCCUUUCUUAUUAGAUAGCCCCAUAUCCUGACUAUGUUUCAUUUUUGUUUUGUAAUUCCUUGUGAAGAAACAGUUUACAUUUGAGAUUGAAGGUAUUGGGACCAUGUUUAAAAGUUUCACAUCUUGGUUGACUCACUGUUGGAACCUGCCUGACUAUAAAGGUUCUUUAACUUAGAAUAUCUUAGCCAGCUGAUAAACUGUAAAGGUGAUAAAGCUUAAGAUUAUUCUUUUAUUCUAUUUUUUUAGUAAAACUUACAAAUUUUCUUUCCCUGAUCAAGAGUGCUGUAUAGGAUCUGUGCUCUGUGGAGCACUGCAGGGCAGGUACCAAUGUAUGUGCAUUUGCACUAUGUAGUUGCGUCAAUAUGCAAACCAAAUAACUUAACUUUUGAUCAAGGGGAGUAAUGCAUUUGUGUGCAAUAUCUAAAUGCUUCUGAAUCAUGGUUUAAAUAUUUUCCAUUCAAAUUUCUUUCAAAACAAAAUAUGCAGAAUCUGCUUGUAUCCAACCUCAAGUCCUUCUUACUCAAUUAUUAGAUGUUAUUUGAAUGCUGUGGUUUGGUAUCUGUAGAUUGGAGAUUGUGUGAAGUUCUAUUUUGGGUAUUGUACUGAAAAUUAUGAUUUAAGCUUCUGCCACUAUGUCAUGUCUGUGUCUAAUAUGUGCAAACUUCUGCAUUAAAAACAAUAAGCAGAUGCUGCUGAUUGUUUAAUGUAAAAUCUUCCAUAUUUUGAUAUUUGCAUAUUCUUAAAGAAUCUGAAAAAUUACGGUACUGUGAUAUCAGGUUUGCUCACCUAUGAAGACCUUUAGUUAUUCUGUUCACAUUGCACUGCUAAAAUAUAUCUAAAAUAAAAGUUUGCACUUAAUUUUCCAUUAAUUUAGUUUCUGUGAAUUUACUAUAAGGAAAUCCUCUUAAUUAUUCUUUAUAAGCCAGGUGAGAUUCCUCAUGCUUUAAGUGACUUGCUACCAUUUUGUGAUUUGAUGUGAGUUUGGCAUAUUAAUGACAAUGCUACACAUUAUUUACAUAUGCUGGCUUACCCUGAUUAUUGGGGAUGGUGGGAGUGUGGGC